AGUUUCACACGCAGAAUGAGACACUGUUGUCUCUUUCAAACCGCCGCGGUUUGUUUUGACACGCUGAGUGGAUAAUCUCUAGAGUGGAAACCAGGACAACAACACUAACAAACAGGUUGCAUGAUGCUGGAAUCAGCACAGAUCCGUAGGAGAGGUGCUCUGGACUUUGAAGGUUACUAUGAUCACGUCUGUGCAGCUCAGGGGUCAGCUCCCGUCCGUGCAGUGAAAACCAGUCUGAGCCGAGGAAUCUUAGAUUUUAAUGCUGAUCACAUCAGCCUUGUGGACUGGACGCCAAUACUAUCAGCCCUUGCAAUCAACAAACACCUCCAGCAUGUUGCCAUCAAGAGCUGCCACCUCACCAACCUUGGAGCUCAAAGUUCUUACAGGUCCCAUAGUAAAAAGAAAAUCCCUGUUAUUCAUUCAAAGAAUAUGAGCCUUCAGCUGUGUAAGGCUGUGCAGAAGUGCCUGUGUGAAUCGAGCAGCUUAAAGACUCUUCAGCUACAUGGUCUGCCAUUGAGAGAGAGGGAUCUCAUUGCUUUAACAAAGGGUUUAGCUAAGAGUGUGUCAUUGGAGCAUCUGUCUUUAGCACACUGCCCAAUCGCAGAUGAGGGUUUGGAAGUCAUCUGUCAGAGUGUCAAGUAUUCCACAACAAUCAAGACAGUGGAUUUUACUUCCUGUAAUAUAACCUGGCAGGGGGCAGAGCAUAUGGCUAAUAUAAUAAAGCAUCAGGCAACAAGGCGGCAUAGCACGGCGUGGGUGGAGACUCUGCGCUACCGAAGGGCAGAAUUUGAGGCCAUGAGCGGACUGCGCAGGGUCACUCUCAAUGAAAACAUUCUGAUAGGGGACAGAGGAGUGAUGGCACUGGCCCACGAGCUUACAGAGGACCUGUGGGUCAAAGCAGUGGACCUGCAGCGGUGUGGGAUCUCCAAUGAAGGAGCUCGAGUUUUAGAGAAGAUGCUUCAGUCCAAUUCUACUCUGUGUGUGCUGGACAUCAGGAGAAACCCACUGAUUGAUAAUAAUCUAGUGAAGGCGGUGCUCAAAAGAGUUCUUAUGAACGCCAAAAGCCAAGACUCUCAGUAUCUAUGGCUUAAACCUCCUUCCCCUAAAGACACUUUUGAUCAAUCACGCCAGUUUAGGAGGAAGAAUACUGGAAAAGCUACGUAUAGAAUUGGAUCUCGUCGGCCCUCAUUUAUAAACUCUGGGUGCAGGCCUCCACGGCCUGGAACGGUGGGGUACGUCCCAUGGCGCACAGCGGCCCGGGCCGGUUUACAGAGAGGUGUGCCACAGGCUGAGGGGGUGACAGACCAAAGUUUUCAAAACGCCACCUCUGUGCGGGUUACCGUGGAGACAGAGUCCGAGUCAGAGGAAGUGGAGAGUGAAUAUGUGCAGAGUCCUCAGGAGAAAAUCUCAAGCAGCCAGUUCAGACGACUACAGACAGAAAACAAUCGACUACAGUGCAGUUCCUUCCCUCACCCACAGGUGGAGUUAGAGGAGUGUCGGUUGAGGCUGGCAGAGGAGAGGAAUGCCAGACUGAAGACCAGCUCUCACCUGGUGGAGCUGGAGCUGGAGAAUGAGCGUCUACGCAGUGUGAAUCUUUCUCUCUCUGAAGCCCAUCUCAGCACCUCUGUUCUGGAGGAUGAACGUGUGCUCGAGAGCAUCGAGUCUUCCUUCCACAAAUUCCAUGCCUUUCUAGACCUGCUAAAAGAUGCUGGGCUGGGCCAGUUUGCGUCUAGGGCUGGGAUUGACCAAUCGGACUUCGGGCUUCUUGGGCGUCCUCAGCUCUCCUCAACAGAGAGGGUCCAUGUAGGCCAAGGGGACCAGAGAAAGGAAGAGAAGAGGGAGAGUACAGCAAAUACGGACAACCCUCAUGCUGUAUCUGGGACUCAUUCAGGAACUCCUGCUAAAACUGAAGACCCGCCCCAGUUUCAGUCCCUACAGCAAGUGCCCUUAAUUCCAGCCAUGGAGGUCUGCCAUACCUCUCCGAUCCUACAGGAGCCGCUUGUGUUUGAGGCCCUUGAGCAGAGCCGACACAGGGCCAGUGGAGGUUCUCGCUCAGGGAGUUCAGCCAGCAGUGUUCGUCUUCAAUCCACAGGCUCUAGAUCCUACCGAGUGAACGGAUCUGAAGGGAAAGUGUCUUCAGCUCUGAGCUCAAGAGCUUCUAGUGUUUCUCAGUUGGGUUCAGGCAGACAGAGUUCUUCAGAAAGCCAGAGGAGCGCUGCUGGAUUAGUUGGGUUUUAGAGCUAGAUUCUAAGUUUUAGAAUAGAUAUUUUGGUCCGUAGUGUGUAUGAGAAGAAAAAUCUGUUGUCAUCUACUCACUUUCCUUUCCUCUGUGGGACACAAGAGGAGAAAUUUUGAAGAAUGUUGACCAUACAAUGAAAGCGAAUGUUGACUGAGGCUGUAGGUCACUAACAUGCGGCCUAACAUCUGCAUUUGAGAUGUAGAAAGAAAGUUAUAUGGGUUUUGGAACAUGAUGGUGAGUAAAUAAUGACACAAUUUUCAGUUUGGGAUGAACCAUCCCUUUUAAGGUGUUCUAUUCCAUUUCGAGUCUGUAUUUCUAUGAGUUGAUUGUGUUUGGAUAGUUUUGACCAUUAGUGGUCAAAAUGGUUGAAUCUUGAUCUGUUCAGUGUACAUUAAGAGACCUGUAACAAUCCUGUUAUAUGUGUGUUUGAAAAGUUGUCUUACUACUUGUCAUCCCGAGGCUCAGGAUGUGAUUUGUUCAUCUUCAUAAUCAAAUGUUUUUGUGAUGAGAAAAACAGUGAAGUAAUUUGCUGUCUACUAAUUGUCAAAAUAAUUCAUAGUUUUUUUUUUUAUAAAUAUUAUUUUUUCUUCAAAUAAACCAAUAUUUGGCACAUA